CCCCAACUACUAUAUCUACAUGGAGAUGGAAGCAAGCCAUCCCCUUUUGCCCCACUCUACCUCUCAAAAAAAUCCCUCCCAACUUCCACCAUCAUAUCACAUAAACGUUGCUCUUUUCCCCCCAUAUCUUCACGAGAAACAAAAGGAGAUGUCUCUAGUCACAGAAGAGAUCAGGGCUAAAGCCACGGAGGUCUACAAUGGCGACGAGAUCUGCCAGGCCAAAUCCAAGGAGCUCCUCAAGGAGAUCCAGCUCCCCAAUGGGCUGCUGCCACUUCACGACAUCGUGGAAUGUGGGAUCAACAGGGAGACAGGGUUCGUCUGGCUGAAGCAGAAGAAGAGCGUCACUCACAAGUUCGACAAAAUUGGGAAACUUGUGACAUAUGCGCCAGAGGUGACUGCAGUGGUUGAAAAGGGGAAGAUCAAGAAGCUGACAGGUGUGAAGACGAAAGAGCUUCUGCUUUGGGUUUCCCUCUGCGAUAUCUAUACCGAUGAGCCGCCUACUGGGAAAGUUACGUUCAAGUCCCCAACUGGGCUGUACAGGUCUUUCCCUACUGCUGUGUUCGAGGUUGAGGAACCUGCUGCUAAGGAGGAAACUACUGCUGCUCCAGCGGAAGCUGUUGUAGUGAAGGAAGCUUAAAGUUCGCGUCUUUGUUCAGUGGAGAAGCUUUGAGAAAGAACCAUAUAGCCAUGAGGUGAUUAAGAGAAGUGUGGUUCUGUUUAGCAGCAUGUCAAAAAAUUCCCAGUUUCGUGUUGUCGUUUUAGCUUCUUGCUGUUGUUUUCUCUGUACUUUACUUGCUUUCAUCACGUUGAUAAUAAAAUUGCAUCUGUUCUACAAAAAGUUUGAUUCUUUCUGGGUUUCUGGCAUCUGGACACAAGUGAAGUACACCAAGAAUCAAUGAAAGGGUUAUUGGUCUGCGCAACGAUUCAGUCUGCAUCAUAUCGGAUUAAAUGGAUUCGGUUCUCAAAUUUCUGAGGCUUUUUGGGUUUCAAUUCCAUAAAGUACCAAGCCGAAUGAAAAGAAGAUAAAAUG